AUGUUACAAAUCGAACGAAUCACUUCAAACAAAGGAAAUGGAAACAUUGAAAAAGAAAUUAUUGGUAUGUUAAAGGAACGGGAGGCAGAGGUUUUGAGAACAUAAACAUAUUAGAUAAUUUUGGUAUCCAUAAAAUAUUUUCUAUUCAGAAUAUCGACACAAGGAUGAAAAUAGCAAUGAAUUGAAUUUGACACGUGAAAGAGUUUCAAGAAUUUGGCAAUUGGAAAACUUGCCAAAUUUAGAGUAAGUUAUAAUUAUUAUCUCUAAUUUCAAAAUUAAAUUGUUUCAGGAAAUUGACACUUCGUUGGAAUAUGAUCAAGAAAAUCGAGAAUUUCGAGAAUUUAUCGAAAUUGACCUCUCUUGAUUUAAAUGAUAAUCAGAUUGAGAAAUUGGAAAAUCUCGAGAAUUUAGUGCAUUUGGAAUUUCUUGAUUUGUCUUAUAAUCGAAUUUCGAAACUGGAAGGACUUGAAAAUCUUGUUUUAUUGAAAGAAUUACAUUUGGUUCAUAAUAAGAUUGAAGUUAUCGAAGGAAUCGAAAAUGUUGGUGUUUUUAUUUGAGUUUUGUCGUUAUUUUUAAUUUUUCAUUUAGUUGUGCAAUUUGGAAUAUCUGGAAUUUGGUGACAAUCGAAUCAAACAAAUCAAAAAUCUUGAUGGUUUAGUCAAUUUGAAACGUCUUUUUCUUGGAGCAAAUCAAAUUCGAAAAAUGAAAAAUCUCGAAAAAUUGACAAGUUUGGAAGAAUUGAAUCUAACUGGAAAUGCGAUAACUGUUGUGGAAGGACUUGAGAAUCUUGUCAAUUUACGAGUUUUGAGUUUGGCUCAAAAUGGAAUAUCAAAAAUUGAUGGAUUUUCAAGUUUAACGAAAUUGAAGACACUUGAUUUGAAUGAUAAUAGAAUUGAUAAUAUCGAAAAUAUUGAUCAAAUUUCUGGAAUAAAUACACUUUGGAUAAGAAAAAAUAACUUGGAUGAUUGGAAACAACUUUAUCAAUUAAGAGCAAUUACAAACUUGAAAUCUUUAACUAUGGAAAUGAAUCCUAUUUACAGGUAAUUUGUUUUUUUUUAAGAUUUAAACUAAUUUUUGUUGAAUUUCAGUUCUGAUUACACCUACCGUAAUCGAAUGAAUCAAAUUCUUCCAAAUAUCAAUUUAUUGGAUGGUUUUCCUUUGAAUUGGAAACAAGGAGAUCCAUAUCAAGAAUUACCCAAAGAAUUUUAUUCAUAUUUUGAUGAGGAAGAAAGAACAAUAGCAUUGGAAUGA